CAAGCAACAUAUUUCAGAUUCCAGAUCUAUAUAAAUAUGAUUGCGUCUGAGUCUUGCUUGCCCGGCUCAUUGUUUGGAUAAUCUCCAACUUAUGCCGCUACACCGUUCCAUCGACGCCAAGUUGUGCAAGUACGUCGAGCAAGAAGAUGAGCGCAAAUGGAAAUGCAAGGCACCAGAAUGCGCCAAGCUAUUCAGUGAGGAACACUUUGGGAGGAGGCAUGUUGAAAGGCGCCAUGCCGAGUGGUUGAAGGAAUUGGAAAGAAAAAAAAAAUAGGUACAUCUUGCAGGACAUGCACUACUUCUUCCUUGCAGCUUGUCAGACGAUAUGAAUCUGUGAUAUGCCCACGCACAUCAGACUACU